AUGCAAAUCACAUACCUUUUCUUUUGGUUUUCGUUAUGGAUUACCCUCACAAUCGCCCAGUUGCAGACCUUUGCACCGCCAGGUCAAAACGAGAUAACUUACGCCGUGAACAUCCCUCAACAAACGGCCGCCUCUGGCGAAGGCCCCAUCUAUUUCCAAUUGAAAUCUACACGCGAGCUUCAAUGGUUUGCAUGGGGCCAGGGAUCCCGGAUGCAAGGAGCAAAUAUAUUCGUUAUUUAUGCCUCUGCCGACGGCAAUAAUAUUACCGUCUCCCCCCGGUUGGGCGUGGAGCACGUCGAACCGCUGCAUAACCCACAAGCUCGUGUUUCGAUCUUAGAGGGUAGUGGGAUUAGUAAUGGGAUUAUUACGGCGAAUAUUCGCUGCGAUAGUUGCAUUACAUGGCCUGGUGGGCAUGAAGAUAUAACAAGCUCGUCUAGUCCUUGGGUAUGGGCUUUCAAGAAUGGGCAGCCACUCGACACCGACAGCUUAUCGGCAACAAUCACAAUGCAUGACAAUUCGGGCAUUGCAUCUCUAAACCUCCAGAAAGCAACCGGCGGUACAUCUGAAAACCCUUUCUUAAUCUCUUCUGGUACGACCACCAGUUCAGGGCAGUCGAUCUUCUAUGAUAACUCUCCUUCCGUGCAUAAGAAAAGAAUUGCCCAUGCGGUUAUCAUGAUAACUGUAUUUGUCAUUCUCUUCCCUUCAUUUGCACUAGCACUGCACAUUUUCCCAUCUUCUACAACAGUGUGGGUCCAUGCCUUCUUGCAACUCUUUACCCUUGCCCUGGCAAUUGCUGGUCUUGGUAUUGGCAUCUCAAUGGCAAGGGACCUUCACUUAAUACAAACUUAUCAUCCAAUUAUUGGCAUGGUCGUUGUCCCAUCCCUUAUCCUUUUUCAGCCUGCCAUGGGCCUCCUUCAACACCGGUAUUUUGGCAGAACCGGAAAGAGGGGAUUGUUUGGUUAUUUGCACCAAUGGUUCGGCCGCUCUAUGAUCAUUCUCGGUAUCAUCAAUGGUGGGCUUGGCUUCCGCCUCACUGGAAUUGGCCUCUCAAUCGCUCCUACUGGGGCAGUUAUUGCAUACAGCGUGGUCGCUGGAGUCUUUGGAAUUGGCUACUGUCUGACGAUUCUUGUUCUUCCAUUGUAUAUCCGGAGAAAGGAAUUCCGAAGACAGUCUUCUUGA